UGAAACUUCAAAGUUACAAGGAAACACUUAGAUGAGCAAUUACAUAUAUCCCAUAAUCCCCCGCUUCGAUGAUCCGGAAGAAAUCGAGCAGUAUCCUUUCAACUUCCUCUUUCCGUCUUAGCCGCUUUUAGCUCGCAAUGGGACGUGUGAUUAGGGGACAGAGGAAGGGUGCCGGAUCAGUUUUCAGAGCCCAUGUGAAGCACCGGAAAGGGGCUCCGAAACUCCGGCGCAUUGAUUUUGCUGAACGGCAUGGCUACAUCAAGGGGAUCGUGAAGGAUAUCAUCCACGACCCCGGCCGUGGCGCCCCUCUGGCAAAGGUGGUUUUCCGUGACCCCUACAGGUACAAGAAGAGGAUGGAGCUGUUUAUUGCUGCGGAGGGUAUCCACACCGGCCAGUUCAUCUACUGUGGGAAAAAGGCUCAGCUCAACAUCGGCAAUGUGUUACCUGUGGGUGCCAUGCCUGAGGGGACCAUCGUUUGCUGCCUGGAGGAGAAGCCUGGUGACCGGGGCAAGCUUGCUCGGGCCUCUGGAAACUACGCAACAGUCAUCUCCCACAACCCUGAGACAAAGAAGUCGAGAGUCAAGCUGCCCUCGGGGUCUAAGAAGGUCAUCUCCUCUGCAAACAGAGCUGUGGUUGGUGUGGUUGCUGGUGGUGGCCGUAUCGACAAGCCCAUCCUGAAGGCAGGUCGCGCCUACCACAAGUACAAAGCUAAGAGGAACUGCUGGCCUCGUGUCCGUGGUGUGGCUAUGAAUCCUGUUGAGCAUCCUUUUGGUGGUGGAAACCAUCAGCACAUUGGCAAACCCUCUACUAUCAGGAGGGAUGCGCCGGCUGGACGCAAGGUCGGUCUCAUCGCUGCCCGUCGUACAGGCAGACUGCGUGGAACCAAGACUGUCCAGGAGAAGGAGAACUAAAGCCUAUAUUCUCAAUAAAAUAUGUUUGGGGAACCAGGACCCUGAAAAAGAA